AUGAGGGAUUUGUCGCCGGGCGGAACGCGUUUGUGGCGUUGGCUGUCACUCCAGACGAGAACCUAUCGACACCUCCGCAACAGCUUGCGGACGGCGGAAGGCAUUGAACUGGUACCUGUACACCAUGCCAGCACUAGUGAAAUCACCCAUGACCGCGAACAUAUCGCACGACCACACCCUUCCCUUUCGUCCUUAAAACUCUCGACACACCAAGACAGUCGGAGAAGAUGGGUACGGGGGGUACUGAUAUGUACUUAUGCCGCCUUUGGCAUUCUACUGGUGAAUGUCAUCCUGACCAUCGUGGCGGCCGCCGUGGCGGUCGCGCGCCAUGACCAGCGGACGAUGAGCUCGGCCACCAUCUACAAGGGCAGUUGCGACCGAACAAAGUCGUGGACGACGGGUCUGCAUCUGCUGAUCAACGUCCUCAGCACCAUCGUCCUCGGAGCCAGUAGUUACUGUAUGCAGUGCUUAACUUCGCCCUCUCGUGUCGAUGUCGACCGCGCCCAUGGGCAGCGUGUGUGGCUGGACAUCGGGGUCGCCAGCGUGCGGAAUCUGGCAUGGGCGGAUUGGCCUCGACGGACCUUGUGGCUGGUACUUCUUGUAACCUCUUUACCCAUUCACUUGAUAUACAACUCCGCUGUGUUUUUUGCCUUGGGCACAAGGGAGUACGAAGUCGUGCUGGCAUCCGCGAAUUUCGAUUUCGAUCGCCCACCGGUCCAUUAUAACUCCUCGUUUGAGGAGUGUUUUGAGUCUAAUACGGCGAUGAGCAUGUCCACUUUCUAUGCGGAUCUUCCUAGCUUCGACAAUUUGACCAGAGAGGAAUGUAUUCGCAGGUACGCGAUGGAUUUUCCGACGGACCUGGGCACCCUGAUCUUGGUGACCAGCAACCUCACCGCUGCCAACGACCAUCUGCAGUGGGUUGGUUUGGGAAGCUCGGUCGAUUAUGAGGGACUCAUAAAAUCCAGCUAUGACUGGCUCUGCGAUCAAUUUAGCGCGCUUUCAUCCUCCUGCACCCCAUCGGAGCUCCUAAGUGUUCUCGAUCAAUGGGCCGCCUCGCCCCUUGUGCCCUGGGCGGGUCCAGUAAUCAAUGCUACCGUCGAACUUCCCAAUUAUUCAACUACCCUCAACGGGAAAGAUACAUUCGUUCUAGUGCCAGACACCGAUGACCGAUGUCCAAAUUUGACGAGGGAUCUCCAAACCCUUGCAGUGGAGCUCGAAAGAUUCCCACCGAAGCAUGUCUUGCAACAGUACCUGGAUAAUUCCACCAAUUGGCUGAACAGUACGUGGGCUCAGGCUGUAAGUCUCGUACCGGCCGCGGACGAGGUAGCAUGUGCUCCUGAUAUCCGUAGCGGUCAGGACGAGGGGCCAGAGUACCCAGUCGAAUAUUGCUUGAGUCGGAAGCUCACCGAACAAUGUGAGCUGCAGUUCAGCCCGGCGAUCUGCCUGGUGGUGAUUCUCUGCAAUAUGAUCAAGGUUCUGUGUAUGUUACUAACGGCCCGGAGGGAUCGGACAGACAUCUUCCUGACUGUCGGAGAUGCUGUGGCGUCGUUUCUGACUCAUCCUGAUCCUUCCACCGAGCGGAUGGGCCUGGUAUCCCGAUCGAAUCUCUUCCAAGGACCACAGCCCUGGCGAUCAAUUUGGAGGGGUUAUUUACAAGUCGCGGUAAAGGAUGCCUCGCGACCCCAGGCAUGGGCGACUCUUCCGCCUCGCCAGCGAUGGAUGCGAGCCUUGCAUCCGAGUCAGUGGAUAGUAACCAUUGGCGUGUGUCUUGCCCUCCUGGGUGUUGGUGGCUAUUACCUGUCGCAGGCCAUCUAUGGCCUGCAGAACGAAGAACACCCCUGGACCUUGCGUGCGCUGUGGCAGCUGGGGUUUGGCUCGGCCACGCCUUAUACAAUUGCCUUUACCCCUAAUUCGUCGACCGUCAUCUCCGUGUCACUACUUGCCAACACCCCCCAGAUUAUUAUCUCGGUCGGUUACUUCCUGUACAACAACCUCCUGACGCACAUGCUUUUGGCUGCAGAAUAUGACGACUACGCGAGCCAGCGGAAGCCGCUCCGCGUGUCCUGGCCCCAGGGAUCUCAACGAUCGUCUUACUAUCUCAGUCUUCCGUAUCGCUACAGCAUUCCGCUUAUGGUUGCUUCGAUGCUCCUGCAUUGGCUGGUGUCUGCGAGUUUGUUUUAUGUCCAAAUAAAUGCCAUUGAUACAAUGGGAGACACUGGGUAUGCAGCUCAGCUUAUUGCCUGCGGAUAUGGGCCGAUCGCCAUUGUGUUCGCGCUUAUCCUAGGAGGUGUGAUGACGUGUACUGUCGUGGGUCUGGGUAUGAGGCGUUUUGCGUCUCAUAUGCCCAUUGCAGGCAGCUGCAGUGCGGCAAUUAGUGCUGCAUGUCAUCCAUCAGGGGGUGAAGAGCAUGCUCUGAAGCCUAUCAUAUGGGGGGCGACUUCGAUGGCGGCAGUCCAGCCGAAAGGUGGAGCCGACACGGAUGAAACCAUCAGUGACCAUGAUCUUGAAGACAGGGGAGAGCCUGAAAUUGGUGGUUACUCGCCCCUGAGCAGUGAGUCGACAGGCCAGGAUGGUAGCUAUGGCCAUUGCAGUUUCACCUCGGAGGAGGUGAUCGAUCCAGACCCAUCACGACUGUACAUUUAG